CUCUCUUCUUAAGAUUUUCAGCAAGUAUAAUGGAUGCAUGUGGAAAGGGGGGAGGCUAAGACUUGAGAAGGCUAAGGAGCACUAUCUUCUACGUCUGGAACGUGAACGUGCAGAAGAUGCUGAAGUUGAUGCUGAAGUUUCUAAUGAUUCUGCUUGCCCUCCUUCAAAUGCCUUUACAAGCUCUCUGGACAAGCUAAAGAAGAAUCACGCCUUAGAGAAAAUGCAGCUUAACAUUUACUUCCCCAAAUUAAGAAAGAUAAAACCAUUGCCAUUUAAGGGGUCUGGGAAACACAAAUAUAGUUUCCAGCGGGUGGAAGUUCCUCCUUUCCCGAUUCACUUUUGUGACUGUGAGCAGCAUUCUGGUUCAGCAUACUCUACAGCCAAAGAAACUGACAUGGCAAGCAAAAGUGGUGGGGUGGAUGAAAAUGAGUUGAAUAUCAUGUCAUCAGUCUUAAAUAAGAUAUUUGAGAGGGAGAACCGCUCAGAGGCACCUUAUAGCAAAGUAGAGAACUCAACCAAUGUAGCACACGAUCGCAUGGUGAGUGAAGCUAUGAAUGAUGAUAAUGAUGAUGUUGAUGAAGAGGAGGAGGAGGAUGGUAUAAUUAUUAACGUGAUAGGGAGAAAGAAUUCUGGAAUUCAUCAAUCAAAUGAUAUUGGCAAGAAAUCAGACACAUGUGCCCAGCAAUUUCCGGAAACAAGACUUACCCAAAGUGUUAAAAAAUCACUAUCCAAGGUGAAUUAUGGAGAUCAAAAGAUCAUAGCUUCCAAAAAAGAAAAAGUUUCUCAAGACCGUGAAGGUGGUGCAGCAGAUGACAGGAAGCAUAGUUGUCAUGCACAGAAAUCACUAUCCAAGAAAAUGUCUGGAGAGCAAAAUAUCAUAGCUUCCCGGAAGAGAAAAGUUCCACAAGAUGGAGAAGGUGGUUUACUAGAUAAGAUUUCUGCUUUAAAUGACGGGAGCCAUAGUUCGCAUUCACAGGGUGGUGAUAGGGUAGAUGCUAGUCAUGUUGAAUCAAGCAUGCAGGCUGAUCUUCAGACUGUAGACCUUGCAGUGGGCAUCACUCCUACGAAGAAGCAUUCUAAGCAAUCGGGGAAGAAGGAACUGCAAACUGAUUCUGAAUCAAAUGGAAUUUAUAUGCCAUGUUUCACUGAUGAAAACAAACAAGAACCAAUCAGUCAAGUUUCUUCUUCAAGAAAGGAAAAUGAACCAAAGACCGACAGGUCAUCAGCCAAAGGUGGUUCAUGGAUGCAAACGUGCUCUUGGACACAGCUGGUUAAUGGUGAUACGAGAAACACUUCUUUUAGCAUUUCUCAGAUUUUGCCUGGUUUGCACUCUGAGAAGGGACAGGACUUGUCCUCAAAAAUAAGGGAAGGAAGUAUAGUUGAUCAUCAAACAGUUGCUGGAAGUUCUAUGCAGUGUGCUUCAAAGGAAAGAAAAAACAAUGUCCAUGUGACAGCCAAGCUAGACAAUGACAAGCAAAAUGAAGCCAAUGAUGAGAAGAAAGGCUUGCGGACCAUGAAACAAGCACCACAGCCAGACAUUGGGAAAAUGUGUACCUUUACAAGAAAUGCCACAUCCAUGAAAGUCUGGAAGAAGGCAAAGGCAGCUUUGAGUGGCCCACUCAAAAAGAACUUGUAGCAGCACAUCCAAAUAGCCAAUGCCAAAGUGGUAAUACUAUUUUAGGUUUUUUUCUGAGUUUUUUCUCUUAACCUAAGCAUGUGUUACCCACCAAAAGAUCCUGAUAUUCCUGAAUGAUUAGGAUUACGUCGACAAGACUCGAGGUUUGUAACAUUUUCAUGACCGCUGUAACUGGACAAUAAUAGAAUGUACGAAAGGGGAUACUGCUUAUUUUUUAGUUCAGUUUUAUUUCUUGAAGACCCAAAGCAUAUCUUUAAUUCUUUACCAUUAAAUUGUCAAGCAAACUUGAACGAAAAA